UUAUUGUAAAUUUUUAUGCCAGCAAAUUUUUAUAUACUGCAUUUUAUUUUGUUUCUACAUUUUAAUUUGGUCUUUGGUUUUCAGCAUGUUGCAUCUAGAAUAACUGAAAAGCAUCAUCCUAUUUUUUAUUCACCACAAAAAAGUUUUACAACACGUCCUGUGACAAAAAUAGAUCGAGGACGUAUAUCACCAGCAGCGGAUGCUGCAGCUAUUGCUUUAAAUGCUGAACUAGGUAAUCGCGAUGAUCAGGAUGAUGGCUUUAUAGCAGAUGUAAAGUUACGUCCAAAUGCCAAUCUAAGCGAAAUAUUUGAAGCAAUGAAGCAUCCAGUAACUGGUGUUGGCUUCUUCUCACAAACACCGAGUCUACCAUCUUGCACAUUUAUAUCAUAUGAUGCUCUUCUUUGGCUGAAAGCACGUUUAGAUAAUACUAGAAAUCCUUUAGAUAUAUUAGAGGCAAUGCGCAAAGAAAAAAUGAUUUGUCAUGCUUCUGGAGAUUGGAAUAAACCAAUAAUACCUGGUUUUUAUUUAUAUUUUGUAGCACAACAAGAUACUACAGCUAAAGAUUACGCUAAACCUUUGAACGACUUGAGUGCAUUUGAAAAUGAGUGGAUGGAAGUUGAAAUUCAAGGGUGCAAUCACUUAUGGAUGGAUGAACCUGUACCUAUUAAUGUACCAAAUUUCCUAAGAGAUGUUCCUACCUCACAAACAUGGACUGAAUACUGUCUUAAUAAAAAAAUAUAUCGCCAUUCUCAUCUAGAAAUUGAAGUGAAUCAAAAAAGUGAUGAUCGCGUAGAGUGGGGACAUGUAAAAUAUCAUACAGUAAAUCAGCCAGGAUUUGCAUUUGAAAUCGUUGUUGAAUGGGUAACAUCAUCAGGACCAAGAGUUUCAGAUCUGAUUAAUGGUUGGAUACGAAAAGCAAAUCAAUGUGCUUCAUAUCAACUUAUAUCCGUGCCAGCCGAUCCAAUGGCUGAACCAUUUACUGAAAAGUCUGAUCCAUUACGUGGGCCAAUUUUUAUACCCUUAACUACUAAUUUUGACGAAAAUAAUGGCACACUUUUUGAAGAAUUUUCGGAAGAUAGUAGAGCUGACCGAAUGCUACUCUUUCAAGAAGCGAUUUUAGCACGUUUUGGUUUUCUACCUUGUGUGCUACAAAAGAAAUUUUCGUUUAAUAAAGAUUUACCGAAAGAAUAUCAAUAUGUUCACUGUUCGGGUAACAUGUUCGUACUCAUACGUUGUUCUAAAAAUAAUUAUCAAAUCGAAUCUCCAAGCCGUCAAGAAGUAAAUGUUACCAGAUGUGUUUAUGGUCAUACUAACAAUACGAAUGUGCCCAAAAAGGUUGGUUUUCUCUGGGCAUGGAAUCAUAUGAUACCAAAUAAAAAAUGGAAAUCUUUAGUUAUAAAUAACACUCACGAGGGUGAAUUAUUUCAAUUAAGAAUGCUUAAAGAUUUUCGAGAAUUUUGUUCAAAUCAUGAUGAACGCUUAUCGAAAUUUUGGAAAAAUUGUCAAGAGCUAAAAAGGAAAUCAAUUAAAAUUGAAUACAACAAUAAUAUUAAUAACACCGAAUAG